AUGGGUGGUCAGGAGAUCCAGCCAGCCCAAGUGCUGUGCGUCAUACCCCCUGAGAUCCCUAGGGCAACCUGGAGUUUCCAGCCUUGGGGGGAGCCCCAGGGACCCAAGUAUGCUAGACUCUUCUCUUGCCCUACCCCUUGGGACACAGUGGUUUUCCAGGAGACUAUUUUGGGGGCAUCUUUGGGUGUGGGAUUGGGGAAGAAAUCUCAACCUGUGCUUUCCUCCCACUCUCAUUCCCAUCUCCCCCAGGAAGAUGAGGUUGUCCUGCAGUGCAGCGCUACCACCCUCAAGGAGCAAAUCAAGCUCUGCCUAGCCGCCGAAGGCUUUGGAAACCGACUCUGUUUUUUGGAACCUACCAGCAAUGCCCAGAAUGUGCCCCCUGACUUGGCUGUGUGCUGCUUUGUGCUGGAACAAUCUCUCUCGGUGCGAGCCCUGCAGGAGAUGCUGGCCAACACAGUGGAGGCUGGCACUGAGUCAUCUCAGGGCGGGGGACACCGGACCCUUCUCUAUGGCCACGCCAUCUUACUCCGGCAUGCCCACAGCCAAAUGUACCUAAGCUGCCUCACAACAUCCCGCUCUAUGACUGACAAACUCGCCUUCGAUGUGGGCCUGCAAGAAGAUGCCACAGGGGAGGCCUGCUGGUGGACCAUGCAUCCGGCCUCAAAGCAGCGAUCCGAAGGAGAGAAGGUCCGGGUGGGGGAUGACCUCAUCCUUGUCAGUGUCUCUUCUGAAAGAUACUUGCACCUGUCCACAGCCAGUGGGGAGCUCCAGGCUGAUGCUUCUUUCAUGCAAACCCUUUGGAACAUGAACCCCAUCUGUUCUGGGUGUGAGGAAGGGUACGUGACCGGUGGCCAUGUUCUCCGGCUGUUCCACGGCCACAUGGACGAGUGUCUAACCAUCUCUUCAGCUGACAGUGAUGACCAGCGCAGGCUGGUUCAUUAUGAAGGGGGUGCUGUGUGCACCCACGCCCGUUCCCUGUGGAGACUGGAACCCCUGAGGAUAAGCUGGAGCGGGAGCCACCUGCGCUGGGGCCAGCCCCUGCGUGUGCGACACGUGACUACAGGGAGAUACUUGGCACUGACAGAGGACCAAGGCCUGAUAGUGGUAGAUGCCUCGAAGGCUGCCACCAAGGCAACUGCUUUCUGUUUCCGAAUUUCUAAGGAGAAACUGGACACAGCCCCAAAGCGAGAUGUGGAAGGCAUGGGCCCUCCCGAGAUCAAGUAUGGCGAGUCUCUGUGCUUUGUCCAACACGUGGCCUCUGGCCUAUGGCUCACCUACGCGGCCCCUGACCCCAAAGCCUUGCGCCUGGGCCUGAUGAAGAGGAAGGCCAUGCUGCAUCAGGAAGGCCACAUGGAUGACGCUCUGUCCCUCACCGGGGCCGCUGAGGAGUCCAGGGCCCGGAUGAUCUACACAGCCGGGUGUCAAACCUUCUCAAGCAAGGGUCUGGACAGUCUGAGUGGGAAGCCCAAGGGGGCUCCGGCAGCAGGGGUGACCCUGCCCAUAGAGGGGGUCAUCCUGAGCCUGCAGGACCUUAUUGGCUACUUCGAGCCCCCAUCGGAAGAGCUCCAGCAUGAGGAGAAACAGAGCAAACUGCGGAGCUUGCGGAAUCGCCAGAGCCUCUUCCAGGAAGAGGGAAUGCUGACUUUGGUCCUGAAUUGUAUCGAUCGGCUCAACUUCUACUCCACGGCUGCCCACUUUGCUGAGUUUGCAGGAGAGGAGGCAGCUGAGUCUUGGAAAGAGAUUGUGAACUUACUCUAUGAGCUUUUGGCUUCUUUGAUUCGGGGAAACCGUACCAAUUGUGCUCUCUUCUCCCACAACCUCGACUGGCUUGUCAGCAAGUUGGAUCGGCUCGAGGCCUCUUCUGGAAUCCUGGAGGUCCUUUAUUGUGUACUGAUUGAGAGUCCAGAAGUACUGAACAUUAUUCAGGAGAAUCACAUCAAGUCCAUCAUUUCCCUGUUGGACAAGCAUGGCCGGAACCACAAGGUUCUGGACGUGUUGUGCUCUCUGUGCGUGUGUAAUGGCGUUGCUGUCCGCUCCAACCAGGUCCUGAUCACCGAGAACCUCCUUCCCGGGCGUGAGCUCCUACUACAGACCAACCUCAUUAACUAUGUCACCAGCAUACGCCCUAAUAUCUUCGUGGGCCGGGCUGAGGGGACCACACAGUAUGGGAAGUGGUACUUUGAAGUCAUGGUAGACUCUGUGGAACCUUUCCUGACUGCUCAAGCCACACACCUGAGAGUGGGCUGGGCCCUCACUGAGGGAUACAGCCCCUACCCUGGUGGUGGGGAAGGCUGGGGUGGCAAUGGCGUUGGAGAUGACCUCUACUCCUAUGGCUUUGAUGGACUGCACCUCUGGUCUGGGAGGAUUGCCCGGCCAGUGGCCUCUCCAGGCCAGCACCUCCUGGCUGCCGAGGAUGUAGUUAGCUGCUGUCUGGAUCUGAGUGUCCCAUCCAUCUCAUUCCGAAUCAAUGGCUGCCCCGUGCAAGGCGUCUUUGAGGCUUUCAACCUGGAUGGGCUCUUCUUCCCAGUGGUCAGCUUCUCUGCUGGUGUUCGGGUACGGUUUCUCCUGGGUGGUCGCCAUGGAGAGUUCAAAUUCCUCCCCCCACCGGGCUAUGCCCCAUGCCAUGAAGCUCUACUACCCCGUGAGCGCCUCCGGCUGGAGCCCAUUAAGGAGUACCGUCGAGAAGGACCCCAUGGGCCUCACCUCUUGGGACCUACUUGCUGCUUGUCCCACACCGACUUUGUGCCCUACCCUGUGGACACUGUCCAGAUUGUUUUGCCACCUCAUCUGGAACGGAUCCGAGAGAAACUGGCAGAGAAUAUCCAUGAGCUCUGGGCCCUGACUCGCAUCGAGCAAGGAUGGACCUAUGGCCCGGUACGGGAUGAUAACAAGCGGCUUCACCCAUGCCUGGUGGACUUUCACAGCCUCCCAGAGCCUGAGAGAAACUACAAUCUGCAGAUGUCAGGAGAGACACUCAAGACCCUGCUGGCUUUGGGAUGUCAUGUAGGCAUGGCUGAUGAGAAGGCUGAGGAAAACCUCAAGAAGACAAAACUCCCCAAGACGUACAUGAUGAGUAAUCGGUACAAGCCGGCUCCGUUGGACCUGAGCCACGUGCGGUUAACCCCAGCACAGACGACGCUCGUUGACCGGCUGGCUGAGAAUGGGCACAAUGUGUGGGCGAGAGACCGUGUGGGUCAAGGCUGGAGUUACAGUGCUGUCCAAGACAUCCCUGCCCGGAGGAACCCCCGGCUUGUCCCCUACCGCCUCCUGGAUGAGGCUACCAAGCGCAGCAAUCGAGACAGCCUCUGCCAAGCAGUGCGCACCCUCUUGGGUUAUGGCUAUAACAUUGAGCCACCUGACCAGGAAUCCAGUGAGUGA